UAUGCGCUUGACAGCGGUACUAGCGGCGCUGGUGCUUUCGCACCACCCACCAGAGGGAGCCACCGAUCGGCACUGUGAAGCGAACGCGCGCAAAAUUGUGCACCGGUUUUAUCCACUGCGUCACUGCCAGCGAUCGAAUCGUACCGUGAUCGGGCUUAUUAAUGUACAAUCCGUACGCGAUUGUGCUGACUACGCACGGGAUAAGCAGGGGCUGGCGUUUAACUUUGCGCCGGUAAAGCGCAACAGCACCAACUGGUACGAUGUGGUUAGAGAGCGGGAGCAAAAUCAAUCGACCGUGUCGUCAUGGAAACCGGCGCCACCGCGCGUUGCUUCGUUUGGGUUUGAAGAUUUCUACAACUGCCACGUGCUCGACUGUCCCGAGUAUCGGAACCUGUCGACGAUUGUCAACGACACGCGGUUCGAUUACUACACGCUUUAUGCACGACUGUUGCCUGCUGGCAAUGCCACCUGUAUACCAUCGAUCGGGAUGUUCCUGUUCGAGGACACGAAGCUAAACUACUCGAAUGCGUACAACGCCUGUGUCAGUGUUGGCGGUAGUCUCGCGCACAUUGCCAGCGAUGCCCGGACGUUUCAGCUGUCUAAGUACAUCGCAAGCCUUCCGGAGACGAAUUAUACGACGAACAACUCCACCGACACCACCUCUGCAAUUGAGCCACUGUACUAUGUGGGGCUAAACGAGACGGUGAAAAAUCGAUUCUUCACAUCUGCCGACGAGCGGUUGGAUUGUUUCCGCUUUCGUGCGUGGGCUCCUGGCCAUCCAGCAAGGAAUCGCACUUCUCCCAGCUGCGCCGCACUCACCGACGAAGGUUCCUGGAAGGUUUUCAACUGCAAUCGAACCUUACCGUACAUCUGUGAGCUGCACACAUCGGGACCCGCUCUCUACGCACCGAAACUGAAACGAAAAUGCUUCGUCAAGCGUCCCAACAACCGAAUCGCUCCUUCGCACCGCGUUACAACGUGACAGCACAAAUGAAAGA